AUGGGGGCUCAUGUAAGGAGAACAGCGGAAAAAGCUAACAAAGCCCUAGCGGCGAUAGGAAGGCUGAUUCCCAAAGCUAGAGGUCCGAGAGAGGCCACAAGAAAAAUCCUGUGCUCAGUGGUGCAUUCAAUUAUGCUCUGUGCAGCACCAAUCUGGCACAAGGCUCUACAGAGAGAGGUCAACCGAAAAGUCUUGCUAAGCACUCAAUGCCGGACGGCUAUCUAUAUAACUGAAGAAUACAGAACCGCGUCCACUAGGCCACUUUUAGUAGUAGCACGGAUUCCCCUCAUACACAUAUGGGCUAGACAAAGAAUGGAAGAGAGGUCAACUGAGAAGACCAACGCUAACACGACUAUGUUCGAAAGAUGGCAGGAAUGGUGGCAAGGAGAAACAGACACAGAACAGUGGACGCGCAGACUUAUCCCGGAUAUAGCUCCCUGGUUUUCGAGGAAACAUGGUGAUACCACGUACCACCUGACACAGCUACUAACAGGGCACGGGUGCUUCCAGAUUUACCGCAAACGCUUCCAUAUGGCAUCAAAAAAACAAGAAGUGGAAACGGUCACAGGUCAACUAACUCCAGACAACAUAAUCAACAAGAUGCUGGAGGAUGCAGAAAUUUGGACUAAGAUAAGCUCCCUGGCCAAAUAUAUAAUUGACACGAAGGAGAGAGAUAUCAGGGUGUGA